AUGCACAAACGCCCCCUUGAGAUUCUGAUCUUUGGUGCAGGUGCCGUGGGGUCUACAUUCGGCUGGAGACUUGCUCAGAAUCCUUUCGUAAGGCUAUCAGCAGUGUGUCGGUCGAAUUAUACCAGCGUCAAAACCAAUGGCAUCCAUCUGAGAACAACGUUAUGGGGCAACGGCUCCUUCAGGCCUCAUCGGGUAGUAAAAGCAGUCUCGGAUGUGCAAAAUGUCGCCUUCGACUAUGUAGUAUGCGCAAACAAAUUGACACCUAGCGACGCAGUUUCGUUUGCGGAAGCUAUCCGACCAGCAGUUCGGCCCACAACGACACUGGUGUCUGUACAGAAUGGUAUCAAUGUUGAACGACCCCUAAAGCAUAUGUUUGAGGGCAAUACCAUCCUGUCCGCCAUCUGCUACGCUAGCUGUCAACAACCAUUGCCAGGACAGGUGCAACAACUCACCCAGAUUCGACCCUUUGCAUUCGCCAUUGGCACUUAUCACUCUGGUAGCACUGACACGCAAUCGGAGAACAAUAAGCUUGAAAAAUUAGUGUCAUUGGACAGCAAAUUCAAAGCAAUCAAGGACGUGAACACGGAGCGGUGGACGAAGAUGAUGUUCAAUGGUUCGCUAAACCCAGUGUCGGCCUUGACAGGCCUGAAUUCCCAUCAGCUCCUGCAAGAUUCUCCCUCUUUGACCCUGGCUCACCGUUUGGCCGAGGAAAUAUACGAGGUUGCUAGUCGGAGUGGGGCCAAUCUCCCUGCAGAUUCGGUUUCGAGAACGAUAAGCUGUCUACAAAGCCCGGCACCUAUUGUACCCUCGAUGCUACAGGAUGCCAGAGAUGGACGCCAGAUGGAAGUCGAGGCACUCUGUGGUAAUAUUUGGAGACAAGCCGAUGCUGUUGGCGUGUCAGUCCCUGCUGUAAAAGCGACAUAUGAUGCGUUGACAAGCAUGAACCAAAAGAUUGGCAUUCCGCGCCAGUACACAUUUGAAUCGGAUCCUCACACUCCGGUGGCAGAUUUAUCGACAGACCUGGCUUCCGAAACAAGCAGGAGAGCUUCUAAACAUUUGUUAUACGAUGUUCAGCCCUCGAUCACCCCUGUUGCCGCAUAG